UACAUUUCUGUGUGGUAUGAACCUGGAGGAAGAACUGGAAUAUUUCUGUUUUUUUUUUUUUCUUCUGCAUUCCCUUGUGCUCAUCACGCUUCUCUAAGGAGAUGAAGAGGAAGAAGUAGAGAACAGAGCAGAGGCGGAGAGAAGAGAGCUGUCCUGGCACUUCAGGAAUCCUCCAAGAAAGCCAGGCCUCUGUCUCAUGUUCAUAGCAAACGAUAAUUGGCAAAAAGGAGGCACUCAACACAGGUUUGUUACAUUUGCUCAACAGCAUGAAGGGUGGCCAAAAACUGAAAAUUGAAUGAUCUAAAACAGAUGGGAAAUGAAUCCACCUCCCUCAGACCUACCCAAAACCCAACCCUACUCUUCCAUUAGAAGACUGAAAACAUCCAUUUGAAAGUGCUGCCCUCAGACAGGAUGAGGAAGAGCACAGAGUGACACGGAGAAAUAAAAACCCUUAGAAUUCUCCUCUCAAAAAGAGGUAUUUUGCAGGGCAUGGUGGCUCACACCUGUAAUCCCAGCACUUUAGGAGUCCAAGGCAGAUGGAUUGUUGAGCUCAGUAGUUUGAGAUCAGCCUGGGCAACAGGGUGAAACCCCAUCAUGUUAGCUGGGCAUGGUGGUGUGUGCCUGUAGUCCCAGCUACUCAGGAGACUGGAGUGGGAGGAUUUCUUUAGCGGGGGGGUUCGAGGCUGCAGUGAGCCAUCAUGGUGCCAUUGCACUCCAGACUGGGCAGCAGUCUGAGACCUUGUCUCAAAAAAAAAAAAAAAAAAAGUAUUAGCAAAAGCCCCUCUUUGCAUUCCUUCCAGUUAUUUCAUCUGAUUUUCCUGUUGCCCUUUGACCCAGGUUUAUUGCUCUUUUACUCUAGGAUAUAACAACUAUGAAGAAAUUCCACUUCCAACAUUGAUUAACAGUGAUUUUAAGAGCAAAUAGUUGAGCUUACAUUUAAAAUUAAAAAUUAAUAAAAGAGAGAGCUCAUUAAUAUCGAUUGGAAAAAUUAAACCUCCUCCUCCAGCUUGCAUGGCCUCAAAUCUCUUUCCACCUCCUGGUUCUUCCAUCCCAAAGGAUUAUGAGAAAUGCAGCUGACCUGCACACUGUCACUGUUUUCCAAAUGUUACUUGCAAAUGAGUCACCGUAUAAUGCUUAGAACGAAACUGUGUUCUGAUGGCAAAUUUGGAAUGUACUGCUAACUAAAAGUCAAGUUAGAACAAAUACACGUCCCUUUUCUCACGUUGACAAAGCAUUAAUAAAAAUGUUAGGGACAUAUUGUUCCUGAUGCACCCAGGGAAGCCCUCCCACAAAGCAUGUUCUGCUGCUUUAGUGCCUGCCCCAGAGCCUGGCACAGAUCUGGGUGUCUACUUAAAACUAAACAAAUGUGGAUUAUCUUGAUCUGAGUGACCUUUUUUCAGGACCUGGGUCAUAGAAAGUUUUGGAUUCAGCCUCAGAAUGCAGAUUCCGUUCCUAACUUCCUGUGAGCAAUACGUCCUUCAACAAUCCCCUUUCCCUCCAACCUGAACUUUAUUUUCCUCCUUAAAAUUAGGAAGUUACAUGAGAUGGUCCCUAAGGCCCUCACCUGCAUUGUGUUUUUGUGAUUCUGUGAUACAUCACAGAAGGCAACUUAGAAAUGACAGAACAGGGCAGGCAGGAGAAGACAGAAGCAGGAACUAAAGACAUUUCCUGCCAUGGUGGUCUCAAGACUGCUGCAGACACAAUACUCACAGCCCUAUAGGACCCACAAAAUAAUAACUGGACUAUAGAGGCACAUGAGCUAAAAUCCAGGCUUCUUUUGAAAGAGCACGUUGAGAAGGCAGCUAUAGGAAUUCUUGUCCAGGAGGCAGCAAAAACUGCACUCUUUUUCUGAACAAGUCAGUAAGACUUCCUUGUGAGGAGGACUGGGGGUGGUGGGCUGGGAAUGGACCCAUGAACUGUUGCGACCUCUCUGCAGCCACCAUUCCUGGUCCAGCCUCUACCUUCCACCCGACUCCUCCUCCACGCACAGGGCCAGAGCAUGCGUACCCGACAAGCUCUGCCCUCCUGUGCCUCUCUCCUACAGGUGCCUGUGGGCGGGCUCGUGCAUGGACAGUCCCAGCAAUGCCACCGUACCCUGUGGCUUUCUCCUUCAAGGCUUCUCCGAAUUCCCGCACCUGAGACCCGUGCUCUUCCUUUUGCUGCUGGGGGUGCACCUGGCCACCCUGGGCGGGAACCUGCUCAUCCUGGUGGCCGUGGCCUCGAUGCCAAGCCGGCAGCCCAUGCUGCUCUUCCUGUGCCAGCUGUCAGCCAUCGAGCUGUGCUACACGCUGGUGGUGGUGCCCCGCUCCCUGGUCGACCUGAGCACGCCGGGCCACCGCAGGGGCAGCCCUAUCUCCUUCCUGAGCUGCGCCUUUCAGAUGCAGAUGUUUGUGGCUCUGGGCGGGGCCGAGUGCUUCCUGCUGGCCGCCAUGGCCUAUGACCGCUACGUGGCCAUCUGCCACCCGCUGCGCUACGCGGCCGUGGUGACCCCCGGGCUGUGCGCGCGACUGGCUCUGGCCUGCUGCCUCGGGGGACUGGCGGUGUCCGUGGGGCUCACGGUGGCCAUCUUCCACCUGCCUUUCUGCGGCUCCCGCCUGCUGCUGCACUUCUUCUGCGACAUCACGGCGCUGCUGCACCUGGCCUGCACGCGGAGCUACGCCGACGAGCUGCCUCUGCUGGGCGCCUGCCUGGUGCUGCUGCUGCUGCCCUCGGUGCUCAUCCUGGUCUCCUAUGGCGCCAUCGCCGCCGCCCUGCGCCGCCUGCGCUGCCCCAAAGGCCGGGGCAAGGCCGCCUCCACCUGCGCCUUGCACCUGGCAGUCACCUUCCUGCACUACGGCUGCGCCACCUUCAUGUACGUGCGGCCCAGGGCCAGCUACUCCCCGCGCCUGGACCGCACCCUGGCGCUGGUCUACACCAACGUCACGCCGCUGCUGUACCCACUCAUCUACAGCCUGCGCAACCGCGAGAUCACCGCCGCCCUGAGCAGGGUGCUGGGGCGCCGGCGGCCAGGCCAAGCUCCAGGCGGGGAUCUGCGCGAGCUCUGAUGGCAGGCCCGUACCAGGCAGAGGGGGCCGCUCCGCUCCGUAGAGUUUUCCCCAUCGUGAGGGGUCUGCAUGGGGAAGGCCAACAAGGGGACUGAAGGACUGCAUCCAGGAAA